GCUGCGCGGCCGGGGAGCAACAGAUUGCGGAAAGGGAAAAGCAACCAACAUGGCGGCGGAGCAGAGCCCGCAGCCGACGCAGGAGAUGAUGGAGGUUGACAGGCGGGUGGAAUCCGAAGAAUCAGGCGACGAGGAGGGGAAGCGGCAGGGCUGCACCCUGGUGGCCGAGCUGAGCCAGCAGAGCCUGAAGGACGGCGAGGAGCCGAGGGAGGAGAACCCCGAAGGGCAGGAGCCACCCGUGGACAUGGACACCAUCAGCCUGGACAGAGAUGCCGAGGACGUGGACCUGAACCACUACCGUAUCAGGAAGAUCGAGGGCUUCGAGGUGCUGAGGAAGGUCAAGACGCUGUGCCUGCGGCAGAACCUCAUCAAGUGCAUCGAGAACCUGGAGGCGCUGCAAGGCCUGCGCGAGCUGGACCUCUACGACAACCAGAUCCGCAAGAUCGAGAACCUGGAGGCGCUGGCUGAGCUGGAGAUCCUAGAUAUUUCUUUUAACCUGCUGCGAACCAUCGAGGGGAUCGACAAGCUGACGCGGCUGAAAAAACUCUUCUUGGUCAACAACAAAAUCAGCAAAAUCGAGAACUUGAGCAGCUUACAGGAACUGCAGAUGCUGGAGCUGGGCUCCAACCGCAUCCGGGCCAUCGAGAACCUGGACGCACUGGGCAGCCUGGAGAGCUUGUUUCUGGGGAAGAACAAGAUCACAAAGCUGCAGAACAUGGACGCGCUCACCAACCUGACCGUCCUCAGCAUGCAGAGCAACCGGCUGACCAAGAUGGAGGGUCUGCAGAGCCUGGUGAACCUGCGGGAGCUGUACCUCAGCCACAACGGCAUCGAGGUCAUCGAGGGCCUGGAGAACAACAACAAGCUCACCAUGCUGGACAUCGCAGCCAACAGGAUCAGGAAGAUCGAGAACAUCAGCCACCUCACGGAGCUGCAGGAGUUCUGGAUGAAUGACAACCUCCUGGACAGCUGGGGUGACCUGGACGAGCUGAAGGGCGCGGCACGCCUGGAGACGGUCUACCUGGAGCGGAACCCGCUGCAGAAGGACCCGCAGUACCGGCGCAAGAUCGUGCUGGCGCUGCCCUCCGUGCGGCAGAUCGACGCCACCUUUGUGCGCUUCUGAGCCCCCUGGGGACCUCGGACCCAGCGGCCGCAGCGGGGGUGCGUGCGGGGCCCCUUCGGGGGUGGUCACCAGCCGCCGCCCCUCACUGCCCACCCAGCCGCGUCCUGCGGGGAGACGGCCCUCAGGAGGGGACCCGGGCACCCAGGCCUCGCAGCCGGGCCCCUGCUCCCUUGGCCCCUUCACACCAGGCUGUAAAAAUCACACCCAUUAAAAGAACCAACAGGCCGGGA